AUGCCCUCUGCCAUUGGCAGGCGCAGGCGGUCCUCAGCUGGCCAUGGACGAACGCGACCUUCGACAGCCAACGUUGAAACAGAAAGCAACUUCGAGGCCACUACCAUGAAUUCUGCGCAACCGCGUUCAUGGCAUACCAAUUUCGUCUUCAUCUCUCGCAAAUUGAUCCAGCAGAUUCUUGGUAAAAACCCGUUCAAGAGCUCAUACGUCGACCUAUACAAGCUUGUCAACGACAAAGAGUCGAGAUUAAUUCUAUGGGCUGGUAUCCUACUGGCGAUAGCCGCUGGCACCCCGCUACCCAUCAUUGGUUAUAUCUUCGGACAGAUCAUCACCUCCUUCCCACCUCCGGAACAUGUCCUGCUUAAUAGGCUAUACGAACUCAUUGGUGUAGCAUGUGGUUACUUCAUAGUCACUACUGGCUACGCAAUCGCAUGGGGCUUGACUGGAGAAAGGAUCUCACGUCGCUUCCGAGAGGCCCUCGUUGAGCGUCUGCUAGGUCUCGAGCAAGCCUAUUUCGAUAUCAACGACCCGGAUAUCACGAAUCUCCUGACUGAAAAAAUCGAAGCGAUACAGAUAGGAACAUCUGAAAAAGUCGGUAUCUUCAUACAAUCGAUAAGCUAUUUCGUCGCCGCCUUUGUCGUUGGAUUCAUCUUGAAUGCCGAACUCACUGGAAUACUGUUCGCCGCUGUUAUACCUAUCAUGAGUCUGAUUGUGAUUAUUGGUUCCUCCAGAGUCGCAAAGUAUACGAAAGCAGCCGCUCAGUAUAGUGAGGCUGCCGGAAGGAUCGCCGAGAGUGCCAUUCAUGCUGUCAAGGUCGUUCAAGCUUUUGGUAUGGCCGAUAAUCUCAGCAAAGAACACUAUCGCCUGCUCAAACUGUCUGCAAGAUACGCCAUCCGGAAAUCUUUCUCUUCUGCACUUAUGCUUGGCAUGGUCUAUUUCACAGCCUACAGUGCCAAUGCACUUGCUUUCUGGGAAGGCUCGCGACUGGCUGCGGCAUCAGGCACAGACAAUGCUGGUACUGUGUAUGCUGUGGUCUUCUUGAUCAUUGAUGCGUCAUUCGUCGUUGGCCAAUUUGGCCCUUUCCUUGGUGCCUUUGCAACUGCUGCAGCUGCUGGCGAAAGCAUCUACGAGAUUCUUAAUCAACCACAAUCAGAGAUCAACGUCUACUCCGAAAGUGGACAGGAAGCUACCGAGGAUGACAUGAGAGCUGACCUGAACUUCCGAGGAGUUACUUUCGUGUAUCCUGCCAGAACAACAGCUCGUGCCCUGGACGAAUUAAACCUCACUCUCAAAGCUGGACAGAUGAACGCCAUUGUCGGUACAAGUGGUUGCGGCAAGAGUACACUUGUAUCCUUGCUUUUACGACUAUACGACAUAUCAUCUGGCACAUUGACGAUAGGAGAGCAUAAUAUCAAGGACUUCAACGUGAGAAGUCUGAGAAGAUACACGGCGCUGGUUGACCAAGACUCUGUCUUGUUUUCCGGCUCGGUUCUUGAUAAUAUUAGCUAUGGACUCGGAGAACAUGAACUGUCUGAGGAAUCUGUUUUGGAGAGAUGUACCGAGGCUGCCAAAGCUGCUAACCUGGAUUUUGUCGACUUCUUACCUCAAGGGAUUCACACUCGUAUUGGUAACGGCGGUUACACUCAGCUGUCGGGAGGACAAACCCAGAGAAUUUGCUUGGCUAGAGCCCUAGUCAAAAGACCUGCUUUGCUUCUGCUCGAUGAGCCGACUGCGGCUCUUGACGCAAACAGCGAAAGACUCAUUAUGGAUGCUGUAAAAUCCGUGGCCGCAUCAGGCACAACAGUGGUCAUGGUAGCACAUCGACUCUCUACUGUAUCCGACUCGCCAAAUAUCGUGCUUAUGGGUGCGGGCAAGGUUAUUGAGCAAGGCAACCAUGACGAACUCAUGCAACUGGAAGGCGCUUACAACAAUCUCAUUAAGGCUCAACAACUCAAUGAUACGGACGAUUCGUCUGAAGAGGUUUCACCAGCAUCCGCCAGUCAGACUGUAAAGCGAGAGGCCUCUAAAUCCGAGGACACCUCCGCUUCGAGCGAUUCUGCCAUGUUAUCUCCAGAGGUGGAUAAGGAAGAAACACCCACCAAGAAGACUGGCUUCUGGAAACUUCUUUUGAGAUGCCUUCGCCUGGCCAAACCCGACUCUCCAAUCAUCGCCUUAGGACUUUCUGCCUCGAUUAUAUCUGGUGGUAUCAUCCUCGGUGAAGCCAUCGUGUUCGGUAACCUCAUCUCUGUGUUGAACAAUACAGAAAGCCCGAACUUCCGUAACAGAGCAGAUUUCUUCUCUCUUAUGUUCUUCAUCCUAGCACUGAUUGCUUUCUUCUCCUACUCUGGUAACGGAUCCUGCUUCGGCCUUGUGUCCUCACAUUUUGUGGCUAAGGUUCAACAUAUUUCUCUCCGCAGCAUCUUGCGACAGGAUAUGCAGUGGUUCUCAGGUCGGUCAGUGUCAUCGCUCAUGACUAGUCUCAACUCGGAUGCAGGUCAACUGGCUUGUUUGUCUGGAGUGGCCAUUGGUACCAUCUUUACAGUAUGCGUGUCUGUCACUGGCGGCAUUAUUCUUGCCCAUGUGGUGGCUUGGAAGAUUGCUGUUGUCUUGCUAGCUGCCGUGCCUGUCAUGAUCACGGCUGGCUAUGUCAGACUACGCGUGCUCGCUCUGGCAGAGAACAGACACAGAUCUGCAUACAAUGAUGCUGCUUCCAUCGCCGCCGAAGCAUGUCGAGGUAUCAGGACGAUUGCUUCCCUUGGAAGAGAGCGCGGUGUUUCCGAAACCUUCAAGGCUGCAGUGAAGGAGCCAUACGAGAAGGGAAUCCGAUUUACCCUCAUCACAAACACAUUGCUCGCCUUGAGUUUCUCGAUCACUUACUUCGUUUAUGCCCUUGCCUACUGGUGGGGAGCCAAGCAAGUGAGGAACGGCAGCUACAGUGAACUGGACUUCUUCAUCGUCUUACCUGCUCUUCUCUUCUCUGCACAAAGUGCUGGUCAGAUUUUCAGUCUGUCCCCAGAAAUGUCGCGAGCUGGAAUUGCUGCCCGAAACGUGUUCGGACUGCACGAUCAGCAGCCAACUAUUGUAGAUGGCAACAUCAAGCAGCAUGAUUCAUCAAGCGAUGUCCCAACUCUGACAGAGAAGAAGGAUACUUCUCUCGGCGGUUGGAUCGAAUUCAAGGACGUCAGUCUGUGUUACCCAUCCAAGCCGCAACACCCAGCACUUCAAAACAUCAACAUUUCCAUCAAGCCAGGCGAGUUUAUUGCACUUGUUGGUCCUAGUGGAGCAGGCAAGUCUACUAUUGUCUCACUUUUGCAACGCUUCUACGAUCCCACGACUGGCAGCGUGCAGCUCGAUGGACAGGACAUCCGCGAGGUCGCCGUGUCACAGCAUAGAGGUCGAUUGGGGCUGGUACCUCAAGAGCCAGACCUCUUCCCUGGGUCCAUCUCGUAUAACAUUGGUCUGGGCGCAGCACCAGGCCAGGACGUGUCACAAGCCGACAUCGAAGAGAUUUGUGCCAAAUGUGGUAUUCACGACUUCAUCAUGAGUUUGCCAGAAGGUUAUAGCACAGAGUGCGGUACCAAUGGUUCAAAGCUGUCUGGUGGUCAGAAGCAGCGUGUUGCUGUUGCUAGAGCACUGAUCAGAUCGCCAGAAGUACUUCUCCUGGAUGAGUAUACUUCUGCUCUGGAUGCUCAUUCCGAGCAACAGAUCAAAGAGGCCGUUGACGGGGCCAGUGUGGGCAGAACUACGAUUGUGGUUGCACACAGACUGUCUACGGUACAACACGCCGAUAGAAUAUUCGUGUUUGAUAACGGACGUAUCUUGGAGGUUGGAAGUCAUGCUGAGCUUGUUGCUCAAGGAGGCUUGUAUGCCAGUAUGGUCAAGGCACAGACACUGGCUUAG